UAAAAGUCUCUACGAUUCUCGCUCAAGUCAUUGAUAUAGAAAGCAGGAAAGGGUUUAAAGCUCUUAUAUUAAAACCCUGAGUAGGGUUUCCAACUUUCUUUUCGGAUUUAGACAGAUUUCAAAUCCCCCUAACAGAACCGACAAUGAAAGCCAAAUAAUCCUUCUCUAAUCAUAUUCUGUUCUGUAUUUGGAGGAAACCCAUCUUCUGUUUCGGUCAAAGGAAAUAAAAUUACAUACCUUCUUCAUCUUCCCUUUUAUGGGAAAAUCACUUCCUUCUACAGCAAGGUUACAAGAAUUCUCGAGGGUUACAUCAGAUAAGCUUAAGACUCUUAAGCAAGCAAAGCCCAUAUCGAAAAACUUUCUUCUCACCGGAAUUAGCUGAAUCGGGCGAAUCGAAGCAAUCGAAGUUGAAGAUGGAGAAUAGUGAAGGACAGACUCGUGUGCCGCUGAAGGAAGUGAUCUCUGAUUGCGUGAAGCGGUGGUUUGAAGACGCGCUUAAGGAGGCCAAGGCAGGGGACACUGGUAUGCAGGUCUUGGUGGGUCAAAUGUAUUACAGUGGUUAUGGAGUUGCCAGAGAUGUCCAGAGGGGAAGAGCUUGGAUUUCAAGAGCUGCAAAGAGUCGAUCUUCAGUUUGGAAGGUCAGCGAUAAACACCCAGGCUAUAAUGCAAGCGAUUCGGAUUCGGAGGAUGAGUUGAAGGUUGAUAACACCAAAUAAGAUGGUUUUCCUGUUUGAGAAUGUAAAACAAGAAAAGGUCAUGAAUUUUAGCUUUCAUCUACUUCUGCUUCUACAAGGUGCCUGGACCAGAUCUUUGGUUUGCCUGAUCAUUUCUUUCAUGUGUUUUUUCCCCACCAGUUAUUUCGUAUUCAAAGUGUAUGUGCAUUACUUUUUUUUUUUUGGGGAG